AUGUCACUAGACGCCCUCGCUCACAUGCCGCCUUAUCUAUGGCUUUCUCUCAUAGUCGCGGUACCUCUUGUAGCGCUCCUCCAUGACGUAUGGAUUUGGCUGCGGAUGCCUCCAGGCCCAACACCUCUUCCCUUGUUAGGCAACAAGCUACAACUUCCCAAAUCGAAGCCAUGGAUCCAGUUCCAGGACUGGUCGAAAAUUUAUGGCCCGAUAUUUACCAUAUGGAUCGGUCGUAAACCCACGAUUGUCAUAUCGGACCCAGACAUUGCCGUGGAGCUGAUGGAGAAACGAAGCGCGAAAUACUCGUCUCGUCCUCGCAUGGUGGCUAUGGGCGAGAUACUGUGGGACAAUGCAAGCAUACUAGUGCAGCCUUACGGCAAGGAAUGGAGUGUGCGGAGAAAACUGCUUCACCAGGCCUUGACACCCAAGGCCUUGAGGCUGUACAAGCCUGUGCAAACAGCAGAGGCAGCACGGCUGUGCUCUCAUUUAUUAGAAAGCCCUGCGAGUUGGGAGAAGUUGCUUGAGCGUUUUACUUCCAGCAUCGUCUUCUGUGUUGCAUAUGGGCACCGCAUUGAUUCGCUCAACGCCCGCGUCAUCCACCAGCGCUUUCAAUUCAUGCACGUCGCUGCGUCGCUCAAUGUGCCUGGGAAAUACCUCGUCGAGUCGUUCCCCAUUUUGAAACACAUUCCUGAUGUGCUGGCGCCGUGGAAAGCAGACAUUAAGAGCCGGGGGCGAGAGGAAGCAGCCGCAAACAUGGCAUUAGUCGAAACAGUGCGCUCCGAUCUUGCCGAAGCAAAGAGCAAAGGCAAAGAUAUCCCAGACUCGCUGUGCAAGCUACUUUUGGAGCUUCGCAAGCAAGAGGAUAUACCACUUUCAGACCGCGACUUUUCCUACAUCCCUGCGUCCCUGUUCGGUGCUGGAUCCGACACCACAGCUUCGACCCUCUGCACCGCGUUCCUUGCUCUCAUCACACACCCAGAAGCCAUGCGUGCAGCUCAUAAAGAGUUGGAUGAGGUCAUCGGCCCUAAUCGCACCCCAAUAUUCGAAGACGAAGCACAUGUCCCCUACAUCCGCGCUCUAGUAAAAGAAGUCUUACGCUGGCGUCCCGUCGCAGUCCUUGGCGGCACACCGCACGCCUCCACAGAAGACGAUUACUUCAACGGGCACUACAUCCCAUCAGGCACCACCAUCAUCGGCAACUCAUGGGCCAUUAAUUUGAAUGACAAAUACUAUCCAAGCCCACACCACUUUGACCCCACCCGUUUCCUCGACGAGGCACUUGCCCAGCGCGCAAAAGACCCCACACAUGUUUCUGGGAAGCCGCACCCUGCAAAGGCAGGUCACUCGUCGUUUGGCUGGGGCCGGAGAAUCUGUCCUGGGGCCCAAUUGGCGGAAAACACUCUCUUCAUUGCUUUGGCCAAGAUACUGUGGGCGUUUGACAUCUUGCCCAAGCCUGGUGUGCAGUACGAUAUUUUUAAUUACACAGAGGGCUUCAAUAUUCGGCCUCGCGAGUUUGAAUGUGAAAUCAGGGUUAGGAGUGAGGGUCAUCGGGAGGUGCUAGUGAGGGAGUUGAAGGAUGCGCAAGGUGUGCUCGAGAGGUUUACGCCAUUUGAUGAGUGA